CACGGCGCCAUUCACUCGCCAUGCCCUGACCGCUAACUGCAUCGCCCCAUAUCGAUCCUCCCCGCGCGCGCGACUCUGCCCUGACCACACACACGCCCCGCGCCGCUCUCCACCAUGGGCUACAUCAAGCAAAUCACCAUCCAGGGCUUCAAGAGCUACAAGGACCAGACCAAGAUCGAGCCCUUCUCGGCCAAGAGCAACAUCAUCGUCGGGCGCAAUGGCGCGGGCAAGAGCAACUUCUUCGCCGCCGUGCGCUUCGUGCUCGGCGACGACUACGAGAACAUGAGCCGCGAGGAGCGCCAGGCGCUGCUGCACGAAGGAUCGGGCUCCGCCGUCAUGUCGGCCUACGUUGAAGUCGUCUUCGACAACACCGACGGCCGCUUCCACAACAGCGGCAAGCCCGAGUUCGUCCUCCGCCGCACCAUCGGCGCCAAGAAAGACGAGUACUCCAUGGACCGGAAAAAUGCGACCAAGCGAGAAGUAUUCGAGAUGCUCGAAGCCGCCGGCCUGUCGCGCUCCAACCCCUUCUACAUCGUGCCCCAGGGCCGCGUCACCGCCAUCACAAACAUGAAGGAUGAGGAGCGGCUGAGUCUGCUCAAGGAGAUCUCCGGGUCCAAUGUCUACGAGAAGCGGCGCGCCGACAGUCUGAAGCUAUUGGAUGACACGGACAAGAAGUGCGUAAAGAUCGACGACCUCGUCAAUGACAUCAACGACCGGCUCUCGGAGCUGGAGGGGGAGAAGAAGGAACUCGAGGCGUGGAACAAGAACGACCGCGAGCGCCGCGCGCUUACCUUCGCGCUCAAGCAGCGGCAGGAGAGCGAGCUCGAGGCAAAGAUCGAGCGCAUCGAUGCGUAUAGGCAUGAUGGGGUGGCCAACGUCGACAGCAGCAGCGCCCAGUUCAUCCAGAACGAGAGGGAUAUGGAGCAGAUUGAGACUGAGAUGGACGAGCUCAGGAGUGAGCUGAAGCUCUUGAUGGACGACCGCGCCCAGCUCGAGGACGAUCGCCGCAAAUCCACGCGCCAAAAGGCCGCAAUCGAAAUCGACCUCAACGAACUGACUGACGGGCAGUCUGCGGCGCAGCAGGCGCAGCGGCGGCGAGACGCGGAGAUCAAGCGCCUUCAGCAGCUGAUACGGGAUCGCGAGACUGAGCUCGGCGAGCUGUUACCUAGAUACAACGAGAAGCGGGAUGAAGAGACCGACAUCCGCUCUCAGCUGGCCGAGGCAGAGGGCCAGCGGAAACGUCUCGAAGACAAGCAAGGCCGCACGGCCUUCUACAGCAACAAGCGCCAGCGCGACGAUGCCUUGCGAAAGGAGAUUGACAACAUCACCGUGGAUCUAGCCACGAGGAAAUCCGUCCAGAUGCAGACAGAUGAUGACAUCAAAGCUCUCCGGAAGGCCAUCGGCACUCUCGAAAAGGAAAUUGCGAGGCUUAAGACGGACUUGGACAAAGAGGGAGACAGCACGCUCAGUGUUGGGGAGCAGGUACAAAAGGCCAAGGACAAGUGGGACAAGAUCCGCGACGAGCAGUCGACCCUUUACCGCGAGGAGAACCGGACAAGCGCACAGCUGGACAACGCCGACAGGCAGCUCCGACAUGCAGAGCGCGAGCUUUCACACCUAUUGGACCACGCCACGAGUCGCGGUUUGGAGACUCUGCGUCGAAUUCAGGAACAACACAACCUGGAGGGCAUUUACGGCACAAUUGCCGACCUCCUCGAAGUUCCCGAACCCUAUAAGAUCGCCACUGAGGUUGCCGCUGGGCCAAGCCUCUUCCACGUCAUCUGCGAUAACGACGACACAGCGUCGAAAGCAAUUGACUUGCUCAAUAAAGAGAAAGGUGGCCGCUUGACAUUCAUAUCCCUCAACCGCGUGCAAUCUAGGCAGGUCCAAGUCCCACAGACUGCGGACGCUCAACCAUUACUUCCCAAACUUCGAUACGACCAGGCCUAUGAAAAGGCUAUGAAGAACAUCUUCGCCAAAGUGGUUGUGUGUCCCGAGCUGAGCAUCUGCCACAGCCUGGCGAAGACUCACGACGUGCUUGCACUGACACCUGACGGUGACCGAGCACAUAAGAAGGGCGGCUAUCACGGCGGUUACUAUGAUCCAAGUAAGUGCAAGCUAGACGCCCAUCGCAAAGUGCUUGCUCUGCGAGAGCAACGCGAUCAGCUACGGGAGCGCAAGACGGAGAUUACUACCGAACUGGAAUCUCUGAGGCAGAAGCUCACGGCGGCACAUAGCGACGUGAAGAAGAUGGAACUCCAGCGAAAUAAUGUGGAAACCAGCUACGGGCCGAUGAGGCAGGAACUCCGCGCGAGGCAGGCUGAGCUACAACAAAAGAAGAAUUCGCUGGAGCAGAUGCAGCGGGUUGCGGCAGAGAUCCAGUCGAAGAUAAACGAGCUGGGCAGCAAGCAAAGCGACUAUGAGGCUGAAAUAGCAUCGAAGUUUGAAAAGGCCUUGUCACGGGACGAGGAAGCGCUGCUCCAGACUCUUGCGGGCACGGUGCGGGAUCUACGGCGACAACUUUCCACCCUCACCCAGGAGCGAUCUGAUCUGGAAGGUAGGAAGGCCGAAAUCGAGACAGAGCUGCACGAGAAUCUCCAGCCGAAUCUCGAUCAGCUCCUGACGCAGCAGAACGGCGCCGGCGGCACUGUGACUCAAUCAGCUCGCCUGAAGGAUGCCGAGCGCUCCCUGAAGAAGAUCGACAAGACGGUCGCCGAGUAUGACCGACGAAUUCAGGAGCUGGAUGAGCAAAAGGAGCAGGCGGAGGCUCAGCUUGCGCGCUUAGAAGAAGCCAAAGCGGAGAAGGAGAGGACCAACCGCGAGCUUGCGCGUGCGAUCGAGAAGCAGCAGAAAGGAAUGGACAAGAGGAUGCAGGCGCGCGAGGAGUAUAAAGCAGAGCUGAACGAGAUCCAGCGAGACAUCCGAGAGCUCGGCACAUUACCACAAGAGGCGUACCACAAGUACGCUAGGUGGUCAGAUGAGAGGAUCAUGAGCGAAAUCGAGAAGGUCAACAAAGCGCUCCGGAAAUACUCGCACGUCAACAAGAAGGCGUUCGAACAGUACGAGAGCUUCACCAAGUCGCGAGAGCAGCUCGCCAAGCGCCGGUCCGACCUCUCUGGCUCGCGAGACUCGAUUGACCAGAUGAUCCAGAUCCUCGACCAGCGCAAAGAUGAGGCCAUCGCGCGCACGUUCAAGCAAGUAUCCAAGUACUUCCAAGAAGUCUUCGUCCAGCUCGUCCCUGCCGGCACCGGCCGCCUCAUUAUCCAGCGGCGCUCCGACCGCGAAGCGCGACGAGGCCGCGGCGAGGAGGACUCUGACGAGGAAGAAGAGCGCGCGAACGGGCGCGCGAACGGCGCCCGAACCAGCGUCGAAAAUUACACAGGCGUCGGCAUCGCCGUCUCCUUCAACAGCAAGCACGACGAACAGCAACGCAUCCAACAGCUUUCUGGCGGACAGAAAGCGCUCUGUGCACUCGCCCUCGUCUUUGCGAUUCAGCAGUGCGACCCGGCGCCCUUCUACCUCUUUGACGAAAUCGAUGCCAACCUCGACGGACAGUACCGCACUGCGGUGGCAGAGAUGCUGCGCAAGUUGAGCGGGAAGGGUGGAGAGUCCGGCGAGGGCGGCGGCCAGUUUAUUUGUACGACGUUCCGCCCGGAGAUGGUGUUGGUCGCGGAUAAGUGCUAUGCGGUCAGUUACAAGAAUAGUACGAGUCGGAUUGACGUGUUUGACCGGGAGGGGGCGUUGGCGUUUGUGGAGACGAGCCAGAAGGCGUAGGUAUGGAAAGAGAUGGCCGGUGGGCGAUGAAUAUGUAUGACACGGAUCUCUCUAAUUCCUCCUUUCAUGACGGUUAUUUCGAGGGAUGGGUUACGCCGGGUUUACGAUAUGUAGCGGGCGCGGCGUGGUAUACCAAGGUCUGCGCUUCUGAAUCCGAGGCGUUCAUGUGGCUGUUUCCCAACCGCUCGCAAUGUAGAGUACGCUUCCUUCGCAUGACAUGCCAAACCUUGUC